CAGAGUAAAGAGCUGCUCAGAGAGGCAGAGCAGUCUGCACACAUCAUCAGCUUGUCUCUUUAGGAGGACGAGAGCAAGAGAGAGUAAGAAAGUGGGUUAAGAAGAGACAGACGGAAAAAAGGAAGAAAAGAGAAACUGCAUCAAAGAAAAGAGAGAGUUGUUGUUGAGCUGGGAAUCCAUCCAGCAGACUUCAGUUUGUGUCCAAAACCAGUUAAAACCAGAGUGACGGGGAGCCGUGAGUGGGAGGACAGACUGGUUUCUAGCCACAGGGAGUAGACUGCAAAGCACCAUGGCUGACAAUGUGAAUGAGGAGUCGGAUUAUACUCCGGGGAAAGAUGAGCUGGACUGGGGCUAUGAGGAAGGUGUAGAAUGGGGACUUCAUUUCCCAGCAGCCAAUGGCGAGUACCAGUCUCCCAUUAAUCUAAACUCCAGGGAGGCUCACUACGAUCCGUCACUCCUGGAUGUUGGAUUGUCACCAAACUACGUGGUGUGUCGAGACUGCGAGGUCAUCAAUGAUGGACACACUGUCCGUAUUAUUCUCAGGUCCAAGUCAGUGGUUACUGGAGGUCCACUGCCAAGCGAUCACGAGUAUGAGCUUCAUGAGGUUCGAUUCCACUGGGGCAAAGAGAACCAAAGAGGAUCGGAGCACACGGUCAACUUCAAGGCUUUCCCUAUGGAGCUUCAUCUGAUUCACUGGAACAGCACUCUGUUUAACACAUUGGAGGAUGCUCUAGGGAAGAAGAAUGGAGUACUUAUCAUAGCUCUUUUUGUGCAGAUUGGUAAAGAGCAUCUGGGACUGAAGGCCAUCACUGAAGUUCUCCAGGACCUGCAGUACAAGGGGAAGAGCAAGAUAAUCCCCUGCUUUAAUCCCAACACUCUGUUACCGGAUCCAUUACUGAGAGACUACUGGGUGUAUGAAGGAUCUCUGACUACACCACCUUGUAGUGAGAAUGUGACCUGGAUUCUCUAUCGUUACCCUCUCACCAUCUCACAGUUACAGAUUGAGGAGUUUCGGAGACUACGGUCCCACGUCAAAGGUGCGGAGCUGCCAGAAGGGAAUGAUGGGAUGCUGGGGGACAACUUCCGUCCCACCCAGCCGCUCAGUGACCGGACAGUUCGCGCUGCCUUCCAGUGACUCCCACUUUCCACCGCCAUCUCAGACAAACUGUGGGACCUACAGAUACAAUCAAAGAAGGUAGCAUUGUCACAGAGAGAAGAAAGAAGAGGCGUGAAGAGAGUAGCAGCAGUGCAAGGAUGUGGUUCUAGAUCAGCCGCAGAUUAAGAGUGAAGGUGGACAAAGAAGCUAUUGAUUACACCCCUUUACAGUGUGUGUGUGUGUGCUUAAGUGUAGUCUCUACACCCUCCUGCCCCUCUCUUUUAACAUAUGUAAAAUCCCCCUCUGUUUGUGUACUGUAGUGUGGUAUUGUGUUAAUCUGCUGUGUCUGUCCUGGUGACAGGAGGCUUAUAAUCAGCCCAUCUCUGCUGUCAAAACAAAAGGAAGCUUGAACCACAGAUGUGGUACCUAGACACAUCCGUGCGCGUACACACACACACACACACACACACACACACACACACACACACACACACACACACACACACAUCCUUUGUACAUUACGUGAAUACAGGACGUUAAUUAUGCAAGACUGUACACAUUUUACACAAAGUUUAUGAGCUUAUUUGAAGCUAAAUUUCAAAUGAAGUCACACAAAGAAAAUAUACACGUGUAUUAAAUCAAGCAUCCAGCAAGAUCUUAAAAGAAAUCAUGUUUCUAUACAGCCUCUGUUUGAAUCUUUUUAGCAAAUCUCCAUUGUUAGUAUUUCUUUAUUAAAUGUCCCCCAAAGGGCUGGAGAGAGACAGGCAGGUGUACCGGCUGAAUAUUAUUGGAAAUUAUGCACUGAAGGAAUCUUUGAACUGAAUAAUUUUCCAUUAUUUCCAUCAGCUUCCUGUACCUGAUGCAUUUUCACAUCCGCACUCUGGAGGUUGGGCUCAUUUUGUAGGUUAACCCUUCAAUCCAGUGUAUUUUGCUUAUUUUCCAACUCAAUAUUUGAAUUCUGGGACUAACAUUGUUUAAAGGUUCAAAGUAAUCCAUAUUUACAAGGUGUUGCUCUCCAUGCCACUACCACACUGCUGCACCAGUUAGUGAAACAACUAUGUUUAAGGGUAAAACAUCAAUUUUUACAUGCAUCCUGAACAUUCUCAAUAUUUCUGAGGCUAACAAAUAAUAUCCAGAACAUCCUAAUAACAAGGGAAAAAAUUGAUUUGUGCAAAUUUAUAUUCUUGUGCAUUUUUACAUGACAAGUAAAGUAAGUAAAAAAAAUAUGAGUUGAUUAACUUUUUGAGCAUCAAAACGACACCAUCAACUUUUUAUUUUGGCAAAGCAAUUUAUGUUAAUGUCAUUGAGCCUAUAGUCAAGUCAUCUUCGCUUAUGACCUGGAUUACUCCCUGCAAAGCAUAAACAUGGUGCAACGAUGCUGUGUGCACAGAUGUGGGCGGUGAGCCAACGCACUGCAAGGCGAACAUCUCAGCUGUUAUUUUGUUUUGUAUUUUAGACCACCUCUCUCGACAAACAGGUUUGAACAGCAGGUGGGUGAAGCUAGGUGCCUGAGAUGACCAUAUUAGGG